CUCGCGCAUUCCAACCCGCAGAUUGAUACACAGCUCGAACCGCAGUGAGCACAGCUUAUGCUUCUCGCCCGCCGCGCGUUACGCCCCUCAUCUACCAGUUUUCCACUUUCCAAAAUCAUCGCUCUUCCCAUAGUUACCACCCGCUUCAUCUCAGCAACAACAACAACAACAACAACAACCCUCACCACCAACCUCAAAAUGUCCCCCAACAACAACAACAACAACAACAACAACAACAACAACAACAACAACAACAGCAAACAAGAGGGAGGGGAAGAACCUCACCAAUACCAAUCCGGCAACCGCACCGACCGCCCCGAAGACGAAUGGAAGUUCCGCGCGCCGUACAAGAUCCACGACAAGGGCGAGGAUUUCAAAGUCAAGUGGCGGGGGAAGUGCCAUUGCGGGGCGGUGCAGUAUGAGUUGAGCAGGGAGAAGCCGUUGGCGAGCAAGUAUUGCCAUUGUACGACUUGUCAAAGGAUGCAUGGGGCCCCCUUCCAAUGGGCAGCCAUCUUCCACAAGUCCGAUAUCAACUUCACCAACGGCCACCACGACCUGGGGUGGUACGACCCAACCGCCAAGUCGACAACACACCACUUACCGUGCAAGGUGCAGUGCGCCUACUGCCGCACGCCCAUCAUGGAUGAAGGGCGCAACAUGAUUUUGCUGUUUCCUACCCUGAUCGAAGGGAUUAAUUCCCCGGAAGGGAAAAAAGCGUUUGAAGUGCAGAGUCACAUGUUUUACCCCCAGAGGGUGGUGGAUAUCAAGGAUGGAAAACCCAAGUUCAAGGGACUGGCGGAUGAAACGAAUCUGGUGGAUGAAGAGACGGGGGAGGAGGUGGUGGGGAGUAAUCCCAAGGAGAAAAGAAAGAGGGAAGAGGAGGGGGAGGGGAAGGAUGGGGAGGGGGAGGGGGAGAAAGGAGAAAAAAGGGAGAAGAAGAAGGAUGAGUGA